AUGGGCCUUGUUAUCGGAAUCGAUAGACUGCUUGCUAUUGUUCUUUCUACAAGGUAUUCGCGGCUACCAGGAUCUCUUUACGCGAUGAUGAUGACCGUCGUACUAACCUACGCAGGCUUGCUAACAAUGUUUGGCUAUUGGGACUCUUCGGAAGACAUCAUACCAAAUUGCUCUCCUCCAGCCGCUUACAACAGCACAUCAAGAAUGGUUUGGAUAGGCUCAAAUGUAGUCAUCGCUUUUCUGGUGAUUGCGGUAUACAGCCUUGCUCAUGUCAAAUGCCGCAGUUUAAGUGCAAAAAAUACUCACGCGCCAAGUAUCUUACGUAUCAAACGUUUGCUACUUUCGCUGUCAAUUGUGAUGGGAAUCUACGCUUCCACCUGGUUCGUUACAGUGAUUGUUCUGCUCAUCACUAGGCUUCUUCCCAUCAAUCCAAAUAUCGCAAAUGACAUCGUUCAACAACUUGGUUGGCUAGUAAUUAUCAAUGCAUCUACAAAUUUCUUCGUCUACUUCUGCAGAGCACCUGAGUACAGAAAGGUUUUCCUGAACAUCGCCUGUUUAAGCAAGAGCAACCCGAGGCCCGUCGUCCAUAUAAGUGUUAGGACAUGUAGCAUAAACAUCUGA